AUGGAAGAGUUAAUCGAAGCUAUUCAUUUAACAGAACAGUCACAAGACUAUACUUCUCUGCUCGAAAACAUGAAUACUUACUUGAGUGCAGUACUUGAGAGCAACAAACGAUUGACAGAUUCUGUCAGCAUAAGCCUCGUUGAUAAAGACUUUUUACAAGAUAUUAAAGAUGUUGUUAAUAGUGGUGCUGUAGGUGUUUACUUUGGACAAUCGUUAAGGUCCAUUAAAGUCGUGAUUCCAGACGACUUUGGUCUUAGAUAUCACGAAAUAUUUAUACAGUAUGAAGCUCCUAAGAAAUUAAUUAUAAGAAAUGUGCAUUUACCAAAUUCCUCUAAACUAAAUUCGGAGUACAGAUCUAUACAUGAUGUUAUUGAAACAUGUAGUAAAUAUAUAAACGAACUUACAAGAUACUUCGACGAAUUGGAACAUAUAGACCAGUUUUGUAGCAUCAUGGAGCCAGUAAAUCCAUCAUUUAAAGACGAUUUUCGUCGUAUAUUCUUUGAUGACCGAACUUGGUUGCAUGUAGAAGUAACGCCUGAGGGUUUGGCAUCAAAUGUCCACCUUGUGGGGCAUUCUACUUACUGGCACAAUAAAUUACAAUCUGGAUUAUUAACCUGGGAUCAUGAUAAGAGGAUAGUAGAAAAUAUUAUGGAUAUAUUUGACUUAGGCAUGUUUCCACAAGCUAACAGUCAGUCAAAAACAGAAGGUGAUGUAGAAAAACAAACUGAAGAACCAUUAGUUUGUGGUAUAUGUCUUUGUUCAGAACUCCCAGAUGCUCCAGGUAUACCACAGCCUCUUUGUCAGAAUGCUAUUUGUGGUGUCCACUACCAUAGAAGCUGUCUAUACCAGUGGUUGGUGGCGUGUGCAGGUAGUCGACCACCUGCUUUUGGUGUAGCGAAUGGUACCUGCCCUACGUGUCUGCAGCCUAUAAUAUGUAGUGAAAAAGAUAACUGA